UUGUGCUACUGGAACUGCCUUUCAUCCUUCCCUUUGCCACCAACACGUUGGCUGGUUCCUGGAGCAGCGUCUUCACUCCUACCCAGCAAUUGACACUGACUUUUAUUCUCUAAGGCUGUGGCCACAUCCAAGCCCAACGAGGCUGAUGGCCAUACCUGCCCUUCAAUGCUACUCCUUCCUGUCCUUAAAACUGGGACCUGACUGUGCCUGAGACCCUUUGAUCACACACAGGAUCUUGGGUUGAUGGCUCCUCACCCCAGGUCUCACCUGGAGGGAAGAUGGGUUCCAGUUAAGGGAGGACACUGCUGGAGGGGUUGUGAUAAGAGUCUCAGCUAGCUGGAUACCUCAUUCUCUCCAAAUCCAUCUCUCCGCCCUGGGCAACUUCCAUGGAGAAACGCCCCUGUCAGUAGACCGUACUCAUGGCAUGUGUCCAAGCUGCUGGAGGGAUGCCCUGAAGCGGCUACCACCAUGCAUUUUCCUUCUGAAGCCUUCAGUUUAUCUUGGCAUUCAGGUUGCAACACUGGUGACGUGUGUGUGCAGUGGUGUCCUCUCUCCCGGCACUGCAGCACUGAGAAAAGCAGCUCCAUUGGCAGCAUGGAGAGCCUGGAGCAACCAAGCCAAGCCACUUAUGAAGGCCACCUCUUGCCCAUUGAACAGAACAUGUAUCCUAACCAACGUGACUCAGCCUACAGCUCCUUCUCAGCCAGCUCAAAUGCCUCCGACUGUGCUCUUUCCCUCAGGCCAGAGGAGGCACCCCCUGCAGACUGCCUCACACAAGGUUUAGGCUCAGCUAAGGCUUCCAAUGCCAGGGCUAAUGGGUCUGAGAACUCAGGAGGUAGCCAGCACACCAGCACUGGCAACCUGACUCCCAACUCCCAGAUAUCAUCCCACUCACAGGAGGUCCACCACUCAGGGCCUGCCAAGACAGUCAGGGGCCCACCGCAACCCCCAGUGAGGCGGGACAGCCUCCAGGCCUCCAGAGCCCAACUCCUCAAUGGAGAACAGGGCAGGACGUCUGAGCCUGCAGACUCCUUGCAACAGAAGGAGAAAACAAGCUUAGACACAGUUCUAUCCCCAAGGAAUCCUCACAGGUUCUGCUGCCUCAGCGGGCAAGACCAUGAGACAAGCGAGGACCAUCAGAACUGUGAACUCAGUCAGCCUCCUGAAUCUAGCCAGCAGGGAUCUGAACAUCUCCUCAUGGAGGCUUCUCUCAAAACCUGUGACAAAGCUUCCAGCAGAGAUGCCAGCCUGCUCAAAGAGACACCAGCAGAGCUAACUGAGGCUCCUUCCUUUGGCAGCCCUCCACACCUCACGGUACCCACAGGGCAUCGCCAUAGUGCCCCUGAACAGCUACUGGCAUCCCACCUACAGCAUGUGCACCUGGAUUCCAGGGAAUGCAAGGAAAUGGAACACCCAGCUGGGCAGGAUGCACAGCAGUGGACUCUGUCCCCUUUGCACAGCAGCCACAAAGGGAAGAAAAGCCCAUGUUCCCUUCCAGGAGGGUCCCAGGAUCAGCCCAGCAGAGAUAGAAAGACCAGGCCAAUGCACGAUAGGCCUCUGAAUUCAGGACUCCAGAGCCAAAGCAGCUCUCCACAUGGAGAGGCUGAUGGGUGCCCGUCACAAAGAAGCUUCCUGGAUGCAAACAGAGCAAGCAGAGCAGGCAGUGACUUGGCCAGCCAGCAGCCUGCUGCCUCUGGCUCUCUCUUUCAACAAACCAAAGACUGUUCUUCAAUCACUAAGGUAGCUGGCAGCACAGAAGUAAUGGAGGAAGGAGAUAGUGAGCCCAAGGAGUAUAGUCGGAUGGGUGGUAGGCAAAGUGGAGGCCCCCGGGGCCGCUCAAUCCAAAAUCGAAGGAAGAGCGAACGUUUUGCUACCAAUCUGCGUAAUGAAAUUCAGAGGAGGAAAGCCCAGCUUCAGAAAAGCAAGGGUCCCUUGUCAAAGCUGUGUGACACUCAGGAGCCAGUGGAAGAGACCCAGGAGCUUCCAGAAAGUCUUCCACUUCCUGUCUCUAACUCACCUCUUCUACCUUCAAAUAAAAAACCCCCUAGCCCCAGAGAUAAGCUUUUCAACAAAAGCAUGAUAUUCAGGGCUAGGUCUUCAGAGUGUCUUAGUCAAGCUCCUGAGAGCCUUGAAUCUAGGACAGGCUUGGAGGGACAAAUAAGUGCUGGCCAGAGGCCUGGUCAGUCCUCUGUGGGCCUGAACACCUGGUGGAAAGCAUCUGACCCGUCUUCUUCAGCCUCUGAGAAAGGACAUUCUUACCAUGGAGUCCGUGGAGGUCACCGAAAAUGGUCUCCAGAGCAUCACCUACCGCCACAUGUGGCACUAGCCAUGGAAGGCCCUUCCAGCCCAAGUGACAACAAGGAAUUGAAGUCUUCUAUUACCCAACCUGGAGAGGAAGCUGUCCUUUUGCCCUUUGCAGACAGAAAAAAGUUCUUCGAAGAGAGCAGUAAAUCCUUAUCCACAUCUCACUUGCCAGGUUUAACUACUCACAGUAAUAAGACUUUCUCCCAGAGACCAAAACCUAUAGACCAAAACUUCCAGUCAGUGAGCUCUAGCUACAGGGAAUUGAGGUGCCAUCCGGUUGACCAAUCAUAUUAUUCCACAGACCAACCAUAUCAUGCUGCAGACCAGUCCUAUCAUUCCAUGUCAUCCCUUCAGUCAGAAGCUCCCACUUACUCAGAAUGCUUUGUAAACAAGGGUCUGGAAAAUUCUUUAUGCUGCAAGCCACUGCACUGCAGUGAUUUUGAUUGCCACAGGUCCUGCUCUUACUCCUGCAGCAUUCAGGGAGCUAUGGUUCAUGACCCUUGCGUUUAUUGUUCAGGAGAAAUCUGCCCUGGCUUGCUAAAGAGAAAUAUGAUGCCAAACUGCUACAACUGCAGGUGCCACCACCACCCAUGCAUACGGUGUGCAGCUUGCUAUCAUAAUCCUCAGCACAGUACCCUUGAGGAGAGCAGCUUGGCACCUGGCAAUGCUUGGAAAUCCAGGACGCCUACAGUGCAGGAAUUUCCUGAAGACAAAUGGAAACCAAUAACAGGAAACAGGAAGAGUGGCCAGUCAGGGAGAGAAAUGGCUCAUUCCAAGGCCAACUUUUCAUGGGCAACCCCCUUCCAUUCCUGCCUUGAGAACUCAGCACUGGAUUUAAGCCACCGAGCAGUUUCUUCUCUUGACCUCCUUGGAGACUUCAAACACUCCUUAAAGAAAACAGAAGAAACUUCAGUUUAUGAGGAGGAGAGCUCCCUUGCCUCCAUGCCUCGUCCACUGCGCAGCCGUGCCUUCUCAGAGAGUCACAUCAGCCUGGAGCCUCAGAACACCCAGGCUUGGGUGCAGCAUCGAAAGGAGCUCUUUACCAAAGGUGAUGAAACAAGGCCUGAUCCCGUUGGAGCCAGGAAGAAGGCCUUUCCUCCUCCUCGCCCUCCUCCUCCCAACUGGGAGAAAUACAAACUCUUCAGGGCAGCCCAACAGCAGAAGCAGCAGCAGCAGCAGCAGCAACAGCAACAGCAGCAACAGCAGCAGAAAGAGGAGGAGGAUGAAGAGGAAGAGGAAGAAGAGGAGGAGGAGGAGGAAGGGGAGGAGGAUGAUGGAGAAGAGGAGGAAGAGGAGUUGCCACCUCGGUAUUUUAGUUCAGAAACCAUUGGUUCCUGUGCUCCCAAUCCUGAAGAGGUCCUCAAGCAGCCACAACCCAUGAGCCUUGGCCACCUGGAGGCCUCAAGGAGAGGUUCACAAAGCCUCUCAGACCAAGAGUCUUUUGCUCUCCAUUCCAGCGAUUUCCUGACUCCAGUAAGGGGCCACCUGGGAUCUCAAACUGAGCAGGCACAGCCCUCUUGCUAUUAUGGUAUUGGUGGGCUUCGGAGGACAUCAGAGCAGGAAGCCAUUGAUUCCCCCAAGUCAGAAGCAUCGCUGGCAGAAGAGUCCAAACCCAAGCCAGCAUGGAACCAGAGCUACUUCUUUCCUGAGGAGAAAUUCUCUUUCGUAGGCCAUGGUUCUGAGAAACAACACCUCGGCCCUGUAGACUUUGGUGAACCCAAGGCAACAAGACAAGAGUUUCAGCACUUCUCACCUCCUCCAGGGGGCCCAACAAUCCCUACCUCUUACUCAGCUUAUUACAAUAUUUCUGUGGCCAAGGCAGAGCUGCUGAACAAGUUGAAAGACCAACCCGAAAUAGCAGAGAUGGGCCUGGGUGAAGAGGAAGUUGACUAUGAACUAGCUCAAAAAAAGAUACAGCUUACUGAAAGCAUUGGCCGAAAACUUUCUGUCCUAAGGGAGGCCCAGCGAGGGCUGCUGGAGGAUAUCAGUGCCAAUUCAGCCCUUGGAGAGGAGGUGGAGACCAAUUUAAAGGCCGUCUGCAAAUCCAAUGAGUUUGAUAAAUAUCGCUUGUUUAUCGGGGAUCUGGAUAAAGUGGUUAAUCUGUUGCUGUCACUAUCUGGACGACUGGCUCGGGUGGAGAAUGCUCUUAACAGCAUCGAUUCAGAGGCCAACCAGGAAAAGUUGGUGCUGAUAGAGAAGAAGCAGCAGCUGACGAGCCAACUGGCAGAUGCCAAGGAGCUGAAGGAGCAUGUGGAUCGUCGGGAGAAGUUGGUGUUUGACAUGGUCUCCCGCUACCUGCCUCAGGACCAGCUCCAAGAUUACCAGCACUUUGUCAAGAUGAAAUCUGCUCUCAUCAUUGAACAACGAGAGCUGGAUGAAAAGAUCAAGCUCGGGGAAGAGCAGCUCAAAUGUCUCAGGGAGAGCCUACUCCUGGGGCCCAGCAAUUUCUAAAUCACCAGUAGUCUGCCACAGCAUCCCUGACCAGCCACAGCAGGAAUUGCUUUCAUCUUCAGUAGCUGUUUGCUAGCAACAGAUAACAAUUAGUUAGCAGUUUGUUACAGCCCUAUUACCCUGAACAUCUCUCGCUGCUCCUUCCCUAGCAGUGGUCCCUACCAGCAAGGAUACCCUAAGGUGAUGCCAAGCUUCUACUUAGGGAGCUAUAGCAAGGUGUGAUCAUGCAAGUGCACUCUCCCUCCCACAGUGUGUGUGGGCAAGCAUUCACUGCCCACAGAACCAAGAAAGUGCCUUCAUUCUUCUUUGUACUAGGAUACCAAAGAUAACCUGAACUCUCAACCCACUCACACCAUAAUCGGUUUUUUGAGGAUCAGAGAAAAGCCACCUGUAAGGCUCUUUUCAGACCAGGGCUUGUGGACCAGUCAUUUGCUGUGGAGAUCUGGCUGCCUUGAGGGCAUUCAUCUACCACCAGGUUCAGGGACUUACCCAAGCUUUGUAGUGGGAAGCAAAAAAGGAGUGAUUACUCAAGAGAAUGUGAGUAAAGUUUGGGUAUCCCCAGGUGACCCUCAGGAAAAAGCGAGGCUUAAACAAGUUGGCUCUAUUUCGACCUUCCCAAGCAGCUGGUUGACAGGAAAGAAGCCUGCUUUCAGCCUUGGCUGGUGUGGCUUCCUCCUAUCCUAAGACUUUAGGCUUGCCAAUUUUAAUUUCAUCGUGCUCUUAUUUUGUUGGGAGUUACAGGUGCCCAUCCCAGUGCUUCACACUAUGGGCCCUUAAUAGCUUUACUAUAGCUUGACUUCAGGAUAUAGAUUUCAUUAUCGGUGGGGAAGUUCUUAUUAUUAUAUUUUAAGUGGCUUUUAAUUUUAUUUAUUUUUAUGUUUUGAUUUUUUUUCUUUUUUAACUAGUAAGGUGAGAAGAGGGAAGUUGGAGAGGGAAAAGUUAGCCCAGGAAAGCAUUUUCUACAGAUUGGCCUCAAUCCACCAUGGCUAGUUAAGCAUGUGCUGAGACAUUCAUUCCUUCCUACUAUAGCUACAAGUGUCGAAGAAAGGUGUUCUCCUCUUGAGCUCAUAGCGUCCCUAUCGUGGCCAGGCUGCUUGCUUCCCUUGAAGUCUGGGUGAUUGUGAGCUUGCUUUUCCCAGCAGUGUUAAACUUUUGCUUAUAUAUUUUUUAAGCCAAAGAAAUGAAACUGGCAAAGAUCACCCAUUUUUCUAAUGGUUCCAGGCAAUGAAUAAAUGGAGGCAUGUUUAGGAGGUGCUUCUCUAAUAACUGCUUUUCAGCCUAUGGCCUGGCUCAGGGAACCAGAACUUCGGUAGCUGGAAGCUGCAACCAGGACCAGCUCCCCAGAGCAAAUUAUGAUCCAACCAUACAGCACCCCCUUCUUAGCCUGAGGAAUAUGUUCCAAGACCCCCAGGGGAUUCCAGAAACCUUAUAUACACUGUGCCUUUUCUUACAUGCUCCGUAGCAAUGCCACAUAGAACUGGAGUUAAUCUAUCCUCCCAUGUUCUAUGUUCUAGUGGCUCUUGGUUUACUACUCUUCUGUUUUGGGGUCAUUAUAAGUAAAAGAAGGGUUACUUGGACAUGAGCGCUGUACGCCACAAUACUGCAGUGGCCAAUCUGAUAACUGAGAUGGCUACUAAGUGACUAAAGGUGGGUAACCCACAGGACUUGGAUAUACUGGACAAAGGGAAGAUUCAUGUCCCAGGUGUAACGGAACAGAAUGGAGCAACAUUUCUUCUUGCUACUCAGAACGACACACAAUUUAAAGCUUGUGAGUUGUUUAUGUCUGGAAUUUUCCAUUUAAUCAUUUUGGACCAUGGUUGACCCCAGGUAACUGGAACUGCCAACAGUGAAAUUGCAGAUAAGGGGAGACUACUGUACAAAGAACUGAAGCUACUGCUAUUGCUGAGGACCUGACACUGGUAGCCAGCAUAAAUCCUUGAAAAGCCCUCAGGUGGGCCAUGGCAGGAAGGGAAUUUUAAACUAAACCCUGCCCUAUUACUUGGCUCAAUUUCCUGUGAUUUGCUGAUUGAGAUCAACCUUUCAUAUCACACAGCCCACCUAAACCCAGCCUAACAAAGCCUAGCAUCUCUUCAAGUACUGCUGAGUUCCUCAGGAUGCUUGGAAGUUAACUGUAGUAACAGAGGUACCUCAUCCAACCAAAAAAAAAAAAAAAAAAUUCACCAAGGAACUUUGCUGCUGCUGCUGCUACAAAUACUGGUUACUGGCUUCCGUUUCCUCUACAUUGUAUCUGAAAACAAUGGGAGAAUCUUGGCCAGCAGGGUGUGUGGGUGGGGGAGAGGAAGUAAUCCUUUCUGUGGGGCCCUGGCUAUACUCUUAGUAUUGCUGCCAAUGGCAAAAACCGUUGUUAGUGUCAAUCCUGCCAUUCUGCCCUCCAGUGGAAGAUGCUACCCUUCUCAGAAAGGCUGAUGGCUUUUGAAAGGCUAGGUUUAUCCAAGUGAAAGUUGAGGAGGUGGGGGAAGUACUUUGAACAAAGGUCAUAGUUGACAUCUUUUUUUGUUUUUCAACAAGUCUUAAGGACAAACAAACAACAAGUUGAAAUGUCUUAUACUGGAGCGGGAGUGAGGCCAGGGUCUUCCAGAAUUCUCAAAUUUUUAGCCAGAAUAGAUUUUUGAUAAUAUGGGGCUGGGAAGAAGAGUGAUCAUUUACCUGGAUACUAUGAGCACAGUCCGGAUUUUUCGAACCAGUGUUAAACUAGUUAUACAUGAUGUGUGUGAUACCAAACAUACUAUUAACACUAUCAUUUUUGUCCCUCGUCUCUCUUCAUAUUAGUUUCUAUAAUUGGAGUCAAGAUACAAGGAUGCUCAUUUUCACAUGAAAGUUUCCAAAGCUCUUAAAAACUUAACCUCAAUUAUACUGACAGCGAUGACCUGUAAACAAAGGUGAACUACUAGACAGACACUGGCAUGCCAAUUCUUGCUGUGGUAGUCCCAUUGUGAAUGAUAGUGCUACGUUACUGGCCUUACUUUUCUCUCCCCUGUCCUCAGUUUCUGGGCUAUCCCUCUUCCAAGGCUUUUGGGGAAGGUGGCAGUUUGGAAGGCAGGUCAACAGAUUUCUCCAAAGACAGUUAAUGGUCUUAACAUGUAACCUGUUCCUUCAAAUACUUACAGAGGUCCCAGAGAGUAAGAAGUAAGCAAAGUGGUGAAUAGAUAGAAAUGAGUCAGUGUGAGGGUUCCUGUCACAUGUCCCCUCUUACAUCUCUCAUCCCUAAGACUGAAUAAUUGGGUCUCCCUGAGUCCCACAGCCAGAGACUCAGCCAGGAUAUAGAAAUAAAUGCCCAAGUGAAAUCCAAGAUAAUGAGAAAAGACACUAAAAAUAAAGCCCUGGAAAGGGAGAGAUUAGAAGCAGAGGAAAGGCAGGAGGGUGAAAAGAUGCAAAGCUUUUAUUCAUGGUCAGGUUCAGAUUCUGUUUUCCAUUUAACCUCGUGUUAAAUGAACCCCCCCAAAAGCUGCCCAGGAUCACUAGAGUCACAUCCUCAACCCAAGCCUCCAUGAAGGUGCUGCUCUACCAUUAACACAAACAUAUUCCCAAGAUGGAAGAAGCUGGGAAGAUUUAUGGCCAUUUCCACCCAUCUAGAGCUUUGACAACUCCCACUGUCUUUUCCAGAUGUGUUCUUUAUGUCAAUGGUAUUUCUGCAAGAACAUAUUGUAUUAUUUGAAGAUUAGUAGAUCUUUCAAGGAGGGGGACAGGGGCAGUUUGUGUAGAUAAAGAACCAGUGUUUGUUGUACAGCUGUGUGUGGGGGGUCAUCUAUCCUAUAUAAAGCUAUUAUUUUUUCUCUGAAUCUUAUUGUUUCUGUAUUUGUGUCCUCCACCAUUCCCUUCUCGGCUGACAUAGAUAUGCCUGCCAGAUUGUCAUCAAGGGUCAUCCUUCAAUAAAAGGUGCUAAGGACAAAAACAAUUGACUCAGAUAUUUUGACUCAGGAAAUGAAAACCCCCUAAUAUUCUGCUGGAGAGUAUUGGAAAUGAAUUUGGUCACCUAUCCAUCAUAUUUCAUAAAUAUCUAUAUGAAACCUUACUCACAUUCCAAA